AUGGCCGGCUAUCAGAAUGGACAGCCCUACUAUCCUUCCAACAAUCAUCCUUCAUCCGGUCAAAAUACCGCCCAAGCGCCUUAUGGCUCUCAACCCAUAUACCCAUCGCGACCUCUCGAACGCACCCCUAGUUUCGAUGCCGGAGAUGAUGAGCGAUUCUUUGAUGGAGAUCAGACAGAUGGGGCAGCCCAGGGAUAUCCAACAUAUACGGGACCGGCUGGGGCCAGCUCUCCAGUGAAUAGAACUCAAUCGGCCAAUAUCCAUCAAUCCGCGUCUGGUCCUUUCAGGACGAACACGCAACAUACCGCAUUAAGUGGAUAUCAACACCAAUAUCAACCGGGGGUGCCCGCUCAUGCACCCUAUAAUCCCGCGCAAUAUCAACAGCAGCAGACCACAUACAAUCCGCAGGCAUAUGUCACACCCCAGUCGGCGCAUACAACCAGCCCCUAUCAACCAUACGUCCCUGCCGCGUACGGCGACCCCAACCGCGCUCGUCGCACUUCCGUGUACAACAGCUACGGAUAUUACGAUGCAAACUCCCAGGUCAAUUAUUCUUCUUCACAGCCUCCCCCACCGCCUCCGCGCUCGGAACAGCAGUCAUAUCCCCCAACACAAUCAUACGGUGCCUACCAGCACGAUGCCGCUCAACAGUACCCUCCCCGUCAUCCUAGUACAUCUUCCACCGGCCAAAGCUAUUCUACAUAUUCUCCACCGGCUCCCGCUCCUCCGCCACACGAUCCUUCCCUCUCGGGCCGGCCUUACUCGGGCUCUACGAGCAUUUCGGAGGGAGGAUAUGCACAUUCUUCGGCAGUAUCUGCUCCAUAUCAUAGUUCGAGCUUGGCGGCGUAUUCAUCAUCUGAUGUAAAUCGAAAUUCUUCGUUUGCAAGUCGGAUGAGCAGCCAAUCUGCUUUAACCCAACCUACCAUCCCUCCUCCACCCAAUCGACAGCCUUCGAACAGAUCUCCUCAACGCACGAAUACUCUCGACCGUCAUCCACAAGGAAGAUCUCUCCCUGGUGUUCCAUCUGAAUCCGAAUCCGACAAUGAUUAUUUUCAGUCGGGUGAGCCUCAAGAUCUUGCAGCGCGAAACGCUGUCCCGCCAGGCUAUGAUGACUUGAUGCACCAUCUGGACGAGGCAAUCGAGGGCACUUCGAGUCAUGCCAGAUCUGCCAGUGACCAGAGGUACCGUGAGUCUAGAGAUGAGGGACCGGACUUCCCGCAGCCGUCCCCACGGCUCCCGGUCUCGCCAGACGAGGUCCCGACGCAUCUCAAUGGCAAUAUUGCGUCUACAGGAGACACGUACAUCAACUAUGGAGCAUUUACUGACGACAGUGAUGCUGAAGCGGCUGCUGGCCUUGCUGCGAUGCAGGCAUUGGACGAACAAGAAAGGCAAGAGGACGCGCGCAGGCGCAGCGGCUCAGCUACUCUCUUUCCAAGCCAGCCUCGCGCCGACGAAGACAUGCCUCGGAUGUCUUCACAGGAACAGAGCAGCGACAGCGACUACGCAGGUUAUGAUUUAAGUCUUGCAGGCGGGGGCUAUGCACCAGACGUAUCCUAUAGCGAAUCAACUGUGUCUAAUUACGCAGCCGCUGCUGCGAUGCCGCAAAGCGAGCUGUAUGGGCGACUGAACACACGAAUGGAUUCAGUCCGCAGCUCGGGCGUGUCAUCAGAAGGAAGAGAGUCCCAAACAAGUGGAUUUGAGUCAAUCCCGCCGGUGGAGACUCUCCAUCCAUUUUCUCCUAUCCACAAUGUUGCUCGGGUGGACACGGGGGGCACGGGUGGUCUAACAGAACCGAGUUCGCACCUCAGGCGACUGAGUUAUGAAGACGGAGAUGAGACAACGUUGAUGGAUUCAGAGACUGGAGGACACUCAGGAGACACAAGCCCAUCACGGGAAUCAAUGCCCGACCUUUUCUUCCAUCCGGGUAUGAGUCAGCAGCGGCCGUUACCACCCCCUCCUUCACACUCAGAUCCCGGUUUGCGAAUCCCACAUUUGAUCCCCGCUGGUACUUACACCCAACAAAGUCGAUUCUCUCAGUACACCGAUCCCGCUACGCGUGGUUAUCCGUCUGCUCCAGAUGCGUACUCAGCCUCUUUGCUCAGCCCAUCAUCCGUGCCUCGUUCCACCUCAUUGUCAAGUACACGAAGUGCACCAAAAGCGGACUAUCCGAUACGCUCGAAAACAGAUGCGGACCGCCAGAAGCUAUUGCGGCAACAAGAUCGGCCGGUGUCUGACCUCUAUGAUAUCGUCAGCCCACAAUCUGCGGUCGCGUUGGAUCUUCCAGCGAUUCCAAAGAAACGUUACAAUCCAGCCAAACUGACAGCUGACCAAUUUAAGAAAUGCUCUGAGCCUUGGGCUCUUAGCUCUGUUUUGGCAUGGAUUAAGGAGCUGGCCGAAGAGGAAGCUGAUUUGAAAGAGAACAACAUCGCGGAGGGCAUUGUGGCCCUUUUUAUGCACAAAGUACCAACAAUGUACAUUACUGAGGCUGAAGGUCUGGGAGAACGAGUUGUGAAAGAGAUGUUGGCUGCGAAUGCACUCGUGAGAGAAGAGGAGUGGGUCAAAUUCGGACCUGGCACGAUGUCUGGGGUUCUCUAUCAACUGACCGGGACCGGAUGUUAUUCCUCAAAGCUGCAUUUGUAUCACACCCGAGGACGUUGCUAUUCGUACCACUGCAUGAGGACGUUGAAAAAGCUUGAUCUCGAUGCUUUACCAGUCGAAAAGAAGUCCGAAGACUGGACUACGUUCUACAAACUCAAGAAAGAGGAUCUCGAGAACCACGACAAGAAGGAGAUUGAACGUCAAAAUGUUCUCCAUGAAAUCGUCACCAGCGAAGAUCUCUACAUCAGCCAACUAGACGUACUGCGGGUUCUUUAUCGGGACCGACUUUCGGCUACUCAGCCACCCAUCGUCCUCACCAAAAAGCUCCCGACAUUUUUGAGGGAAGUGUUUGGCGGCGUUGAUAAGGUGAAGAAAGUCAAUCAAGACUAUCUCUUGGGACAGCUCAAAUAUAGACAAACUGAGCAAGGACCUUGGAUAGUAGGGUUCAGCGACAUUUUCCGUGAAUGGAUCAGGAAAGCUCGAGCUGUGUACGUCGAGUACGCCUCAAAUUUCCCCCGUGCAGAUUAUCUCAUGCGUCGAGAGGCGGAAAGGAAUAUUCACUUCAAAAAUUUCCUUGACCAAGCUCGAGAAGACAAACGUUCAAAUCGAUUGGGUUGGGACAAUUAUCUCAAGGCUCCUAUCACCAGAUUGCAACGCUACAGUCUACUUCUCUCCACGGUGCAGAAGAAUAUGUUGAAAGAGUCCGAAGAGAAAAACAAUCUCGCAUAUGCCUUGGAUGAAAUCCGAGCUGCCACUUUUGAAUGUGACUCCAAAUAUGCCGAAAUGACCAAAAAGAUGGAAUUGAUCGAGAUGCAAAACAAGUUGAGACUUCGGCCUCCCAUGGAGAAAGAGGUGGAGCUCAAUCUCGAUCACCUGGGCCGAGAAAUCAUUUUUCGGGGUGAAUUGCAACGCGCCGGCGGCAAAGGUUUUCAAUGGGUGGAUACGCAUGCAAUCCUCUUUGACCAUUACUUGGUCCUAGCCAAACCUCUGAGCCGCGAUCGCAAGGAAGGGUAUUAUGACGUUUCAAAAGUUCCAAUCCCGAUGGAUUUGCUCGUGUUGGAAAGCUCCAACGAACCCGCGGUGGUGAAGUCUUCAGUCAAGGGAAUUGGUGCGGUUACCACGACCGUGGUGCCUCGAGGCCAAACCACUCCUGAUUCUCGAAUUGCAAGGGCGCAGUCCUCAGCAAGCGGUGGCGCGGCAGGCCCCUUGUCACACACAAGCACCAAUCUCUCGAUAGGGUCGGGAAACACGAGUCAGUCCAUGGUCCCAAUCACCACUCUCGACAGCGGAAGUUCCAAAGAGGAAAAGAUCAUGUACCCUUUCCGUGUGAAGCAUUUGGGUAAAACCGAGACAUACACUCUCUAUGCUCCCAGCGCACAAAAUCGACAAGAUUGGUGUGAAGCCAUCAUUCAAGCCAAAACGAGACACGCCGAAGCACUGUUCUCUCAGAACGCUGAGCCGUUCAAACUUAGGGUCCUUGCUGACACUGCUUUCGGCUACGAGGGAAUUAGUUAUCCCGCGAAACGAAUCCUGAUCCGCGGUACACCAUUAGACAGGGCCAUCCAAGAGGCCGAGAAGAAAUUUGAGGGUCAGGGCCGACCAGCACCGGUUUGCAGAGCCCCGGUGAAUUGCGCCACUGUGUUCAAUCAACCAUACGGUAGACUUAUGUGCGCUGUGGGCACCGACUAUGGCGUGUUCAUCUCCGAAUAUCAAAAUUCUCGGGGAUGGGUGAGGGCUAUCCAAAUGCAGCGAGUGUCACAAAUUGCAGUUCUGGAAGAGUUUAACCUGUUUCUGCUCAUUUCAGACAAGGCACUUAUUGCCUAUCAUCUUGACGUUGUUUGUCCGCCCUCUGGUAACCCGGUUGCUCAGGGCGAUGCCUCAAGUCGCAAAGCGCCUCAGAAAUUGUCCGGCUCCAAGGAUAUUGGAUUCUUCGUGACUGGUCGGAUGAAGGAGAGAACCCUGGUAUUCUACAAGAAGCGAGAUGGCAUCGCCUCCACGUUCAAGGUUCUCGAGCCAGUUCUUCAAAAGAGUACAACCAACAGAUCACGAUUUUUGCCCUCAGCCUCACGCCGAGGCCAGACGGAAUUUUUCCGAGAAUAUGAUGAGUUCUACAUUCCAGCCGAGUGCUAUGGACUGAACUUAUUCCAAUCGAGUCUGGCCAUAUCGACGGCACGAGGUGUGGAAGUCUUGACUUUGGAAAAGAAGCAAACGUGGAGUGUACCCAAUUUGAGAAGCGAACAACCGGAAACGCAAGCACAUCUCAGCUCGAUUGCCGGUCGAAUUAAAGAUCUCAAGCCCUUGGGCAUGUUCAGGCUUGGAGAAGCAGAAUUCUUGGUCACAUUCGAGGAGUGUGCUGUCUAUGUCAACAAGCACGGAGACAUAUCGCGUGGAGUGGUGAUGGAAUUUGUGGGUCGGGCCAGAUCGGCUUGUCUCUACGCCCAAUACUUGAUCCUUGUCGACGAUGAUUUUGUGGAGAUUCGAGACGCACAGAACGGUCGACUCAAGCAAGUUAUUGCCGGCAAAGAUAUCAAGUUGCUUGAUGAUGGUGGGGGGGGCUCGGGAGGCGCUCAAACACAGCCACAGGCGGCGUUAGGAGGAGGAAUCAACGGUCUCGGGCUCAAGAACUUUGGAAAUGCACCGCGUACACCAAAAUUGGUACUGCAACAUCCGGAGUAUGAAAAGAGCCACGUCGUUGUUGAGUUGCUGCUGAGCGCGGAAACUGAAUAG